GCUUCUUUGCCAACUUGGUAUCGCUCAUCUGCGACGCUGCUAUCACAGGAACGAAGCUCAUCUUCUGUCAAUUAGACCUCUUUCAGGGGUCUAGGUUUCAUUGAAACUGAUCGCCUGCCCACCAUUCAUCGAGCCUUGAAGCAAAGGUUCCAAAACAAAAACAAAAGGAACUUUAUUGUCCAUCUCCGAAGUGAUUGUUUUGAACAUUAAAAUGACUUAUUCUCAACCAAACAUACAAAACAGCGACGACCUGGCUGCACUGUUCGCUCGUAACCUAACCUUACAACCUCAACCAAACCAGGUUCCCCGAGAAGUGCCGCCGGCGCCAGAGCCAGAGCCGGAGAUAAAAUAUUCUAUUACACAACAUUACCAUCACUCUGCGCAUAUCGCCCACCAAAAUGAGCCACAAGCUGAACAGCAGAGGCCGGCAUCGGAGCCGCCACAGAUCCAGCAGUUCUCUGUCGAGUCCUUUUUAAACGCAUAUGGCGUCGAUCAUACCACACUUUCUCUUGCGCAGUUGGAGCUCUUCUGGUCGGCUGAUGAUACCCAAAAACUACGUCUGAUCGAGUUAUGGCGAAUCUGUCCUUCUGUUAAUGCCCGUGAGAACCCAUCCGCCUCCUGGAAUACCACAACGAUCGAGCAAGAACAACGUCUAGCUCAACUGCGCUAUGAGAGGAAGUUGGCAGAAGAGGAGCAACAGAACACAGUGAUGUCUAUGGACGGUACACCUCUGACGCCAAUUCAGACUGGAUCUGGACAGUGGGUUGCUACGUACGACGUGGAGCCCUACAUGAUGUCCGGGUACGAGGCCUUGGCUCGACGUGAAUAUGAAGAAUCGGAGAGAGAGAAGUACGAGGAGGCCAUGGAGAGACCCAAAGACGUCUACAGUCAUUUUGGAACCGCGGUUGGUGGUCCUAAUUACCGUCCAGCGACGGAUCCCGUCUACGAUAACGAGUGGAUGAGAAAACAACAAACUAUGGAGAACCAAUACGGACUUUUCCAACAGAUGGGAUGAAUGCGUCUAUAGUGCAAGCCUCAAGUGUAUACACCUAUCCUUCAUCAAAUUAGCAUAGCACAGUUUAGUUUAGUUUACUUUGAUUAGGCAAGCAGCAGGUACAAUACAGAGAGCAGUCAGUGGUGGAUAUCGUGCGGGGAGGUCAAGGGACUAUUAUGGACUCACGGAAAGAUGCAAGAGGAUGAAGAAUGAGGG